AAAACACCCUAAAUAUGUUUAGAACUACAAAUGAACUUUCUUCUGUCUAUUCUUGUUUUUUUUAUGUUUCAAUUCCAACUCUCCUCCUUUAUCUGGAAUUGGGACCGGCUAAAGUGACCCAAAAGAGACACUCUGGUGGGGUUACUUCGUUUUUUUAGUUCGUUUUUUUUAACGUUUUUUUUUUUUUCAUUUACAUGGCUUACAUUCAGGGCAGGAUCAGCCAGCGGCGGCUUCCCGCAUGCAGGAUUAAUUUGCAGUCUGGACAUGGAGGGGUGAACAUCUCCUGCGCUGACUGCAGCUGGGAGGGACUGCUGCGUGAGGACUGUGAGUGCUUUGGGACAGGUAGGGCCCAUGGCAGCACCCGCUGCUCAUUGAGAAGAGUAAGAACGAUAAGUGCUUUCCGUCAGUCUCCAAUAACAUAAGAAAAAGUCGCUAGAUUUGUUGCGAGUUGCUUUUUUGAAAAUGUGUCCUAGAGGGGUCUGAAUACUUGCUAAAUAUAGCACAAAGUCGCUAAGUUGGCAACACUGGCCCUGGGAUAUUUAAUUUUUUUUAGACCAGAGGAAAGGGUGCCUCCUACUGGCCCUCGAACACCACUUCCAGCAACACCUGGUUUCCCAUCCAGGGACCAACCAGGACCAACCCUGGGGGAUAUGCUGUUGGCAUAGCCUUAUUGAUAUACAAUCACUAAGCCUAUUUUUACUGUGAUAGGCCAACAUUGGAAAAAUACACUUUGGAGACCUAUUAGCCUAAUGAAGUGCCCAGCAAAAAUGGUAAGAUUCAAUGGGCCUAGCUAUGAUAGAUAUGCAUUUUGCUGAUCAAAUAGCCUAUAGUCGUGUGUGCUCUGUAGUAUGCUAGCAUCUAUAAGGAUUUCCAUUAGUGGUCUAAAAUUACUGUGUCCCAUGACACAAAUUAUGGAGAGAACAGAUCCAACAGAGCAGAACGCACUCAUGUUAUGAUGCAUCACACGGCGUGAAUCCAAAGGUAAGUCUGAGUUCAUUUUACAUACCUUCCCUGUAUGAUUAUUUUUAUUAGCCUAUUCUGGACAUGUCUACUUGCCCUUUUGAAUUGGGAGCAAGCACUGCGCUCAUACAUUUUGAUCAUUUUAAAUAGCCUUGUCACAGGUCCUGUGACAGUGAUCCUAUCCUAUCGCAGAAAAGGUGAUCGAUUGAGCCUUAUAGUCAUUUAUUUUCUUUUAGAAUGUAUUUUGUAAUAACAACAAAUACGGACACAGGAUUCAUAUCUCCAGUUGGAAUGAGGACCGUGCGUUUUGCUGUUGGGACUUUCAUCAGUCUGAUUCUCCAAGUGGGCAUGACGCACCAGAGGACGAAUGGUGAAUAUUGCCAUGGUUGGAAGGACGCGCAAUCUGCCUGGCGAGAGGGUUUCUACUGUCCCGAGCGCAACGAUCAAAAAGAAGCGGUGAUCUGCUGCGGAGCUUGUGGGCUGCGCUACUGUUGCGCACUCAUGGGAGCAAGACUGGAUCAGGGAAAAUGCAACAACCACGAGCAAGUUGAACAGCAUGGCACUUCUGAUGACAAGACAGUUGCCAAAAGCACAGUACCUGUCUAUGUUCCCUUUGUGAUUGUGGGCUCUUUGUUUCUGGCCUUUAUCUUUCUGGGCUCCAUGGUGGCCAUGGGUGUCUGUCUGAGUCGUAAACAGGAGAUCUCCCAAAGCCCAGAAGGUGCUGCUGGGCCCCAGGGUGGGAGUGGAGAGCAGCAGCAGGAGGCUGUACCCAUGACUGUGAGUACAGGGAAGUCCUGUGGUUCCUCUUCAUCUCUCUACCCUCCCAAUGCCAGCCAAGCCUGUCCAACUGGACCCUCAUGUGUCCACCAAACCUUACAGAGACAGGAAACUCCCACCAGCCUACAACCCUCCAUGGCUCAACCUUCUACCAUGCACCCCUCCAUGGUGUUUUCUACCCUGGUUCACCCCUCCAUGCUUCACCAUUCCAUAAUGCAUCCUUAUAUGGCUCAAAUGCCUACUCUGUAUACCUCACAAGAGGAAAGCCGUCUUCUAUCAUCUCCCUGCCCCCCAUCUGGCUAUACCAGUACUAAACCCAGACACACUGAAGUGAUCAUAUAAUUUGUGGCUUUGACUUUUACAGACUCCAGUGCAGACAGUAUUUGGGUAUUCAAAUAUGAAAAUAUUAAUAAGCCUAGAAAAUGGAAAGUAAAUCUGAGUCAGCCAGAUUAAUACAAAUAUUGAGGAAAAUAAUUGCAAUUGGUCAAUGACCAAUAAUUCAAGCUUUCACUUUUUAUUUUGACUUAAAAUGUAUGAUAUUUAUUUGUAAACAUGCUGUAUAUGUGCUAAUUAAAAAAAACAGCACAAUAAAUUGCUGACCUAUUUCGGAUGUUUUGUCCAUAAUAGAGUUAUAUUACUGUUAAGUAUUUCUGAUGCAGCUGGUAAACUCUGUACAUAACCCCAUCACAUGAUAUCAUGACUCCCUCAUUUACCACUCUUUAUCUGAAACAUUCUUCACUGUGAUCUCUAUACAUGAAUAGAAUUCACUCUGGGGGUUGAAUGUCCAUGGUGCUGAAUGUUUGCGUGUCUAGCUAGACGUCUUUUACCAACUGCGGCUUUUACAAUUGAAGUUAAAACAUUAUUUAUGCGGGGUUUUUUACCUCCCAUUUUUAGACUUAAUUCCAUACUUCCAUGUGUCCAUCUGAAGCAUGCAUCUUCAGCAUUAGCCUAGCCUAUCUUAUUAGGGAGACCGUUAUAGGCCUAAUCAAUCAGAAUCACAUUUAUUAUCCUACAAUAGGAAAAUCUUUGCACAGCUCACAAAUGACAAACACAGAACAUAGAAAACGCAGUUGGAAACAAGCUACAAGUCACAUACAACUAGUAGCCCCAUCCCCCACAUGCCCAUAUGAAACUACAUGGAAUUGGUAAUGAAUCAGGGAACCCUAGGAUAAUUGUGGAGGUAAUGUGGUGGUAUAGCAGACCUAGCUAUAAUCAUCCCAGGGGAAAAACAAAGAGAUAAAUGUGAUAGUGUCUGGGGGCUCAGUGUCAUGGAUAAUAGAGGUAUUAGUGGCUGGGGGUGUAAAUGGGUGCAGUGAUAGUGAUGUGUGAAAACAUUGAGGUCAACAGUGGCAUUGUCAUUGAGGGUAAAUACUGUAUUAGGGUUAAUAAGGUUGAGCUGGCCAAAGAUUAGGGCUCUGUUUGAAUCACAGAAGCCCCAAUAUGUUACUCUGCCUUCAAAAAGCGAACCCAUUAUGCCAUUGAGUUCAUAUUGAGGCCCCUCCCUGCCAUCAGAACAUGCAUUAGCGCACCGAUGAUGUCUUUCGUACAGUGAUCUACAGACCUCCAUUAAAGCCACAGCAGCAAGAAUCACUGUGCCUUUAAGCCCCCAGACCUUCAUCCCACUUCUAUGGUUCAUGUGCCAUCUGUCAGGAUGGGCUAAUCUGAAAGGGUGGUGCUUAUGCCCAAACAAACCACAAGGUGGUACCUGGCUGGAACCCACUCAUGUGGUUCUCCUGAGAGACAGUAUCCAGCUGGACUGAAGAGGAGAGAAACCAAAUGGAGAAACGCAUCCGUAGGUAAUUACUCACCUGUGUGCAAUAUGGAAUUGCACUGGUUAUAUCAAUUUGGUAGAAGAAUAAGAGUUUAAGAGUAGUUUCCAUAACUAGAACGCUGAUCAUGCGGUCUGAAACAUUGCAAAAUCAAUCUUAUAACAAUGUGUUAUUCAACUGUAAAAUUCCAUAAUCAAUAAUUAUUACAACUAAAUCACAAAGCUCACUAAUCGUGACAAUUUGAGAUGAACUAUUUGGAGAGCUGCCAGACCAAAAAAAACCUUGAAUGUACCAAAAAACGAAUUCAUAGGCCUACGAGUGAGACAAUAGGUCGUCUGACAAUGGGGUGUGACCGUCGUGGGGUUUCGAUUCCCGCCGUGGGCCGGGGGGGUCAUGAGCGGUCACCCCCUGGCUGCAUCCAUUCUCUUCUGAAACUAUUAAUUUACGGGCCCGAAAGUGGUAAUAUAUUCAGACACAUUCUUCAGCGUUUAUAAUAAGAAUAACUGGGCUAAACCAAAGACGCAUACGCCUAAUAAUGCAAUUGAUUUAAUAAUG